AUGGUUCUCGCUAAGAGGUCUCAAAAAAAUGAUGGCACAAAACAAAAGGAAAUGUACCCCUGCAGUAGGCCCCCACGGAUUCGGGGGGGGGGCGGCCAUCCGGAGCAAACGACUGGAAACUUGGAACCCGGAAAAGUUGAUGAUGAAGAUACGAAUAAACUCGAUGUUGCAGUGCUGGAAAAAGAGAUGAAUGAUGCAGACGAUAUAACUCUUAGCGGUUGGACUUGGGAAGUCUGGACAGGCAUAGAUGAUGACUUGAAUAAGAUGGACGUGUUGGUCAGCAGACUUUAUGCGUUCACUUCACAAACAAGGAAUGUCCACAAAGAAGUAAAGGCGAUGAGUUCCGAACUCAUAGACCUGAUGAAGAAUGCAAAAAGGCGCAGUCAAGAACUAGGUAUUAUUGCGGAUAAAACGUAUGAGAGAGUGAAAGACCUAACUAUACAGAAUACGAGCUUGAAUGCCACAAUAGCCACAUCGGAAGAAAAAGUCGUUGAAAAGACGAUACAGGAGGAAAGAGGAAAUGUCCCCGAGAGGAAGAAGAAGAAAUCAAAGAUGAAACCGGGGAACAAAAAGACCCAUGUUGCCCCUUCCCAAGGCGUCACUAUAUCAAAGGGCAAAGGAGCAAGCACCUAUGCCAAUAUGGUUAAAAAAUUGAAGGAUGAAAUCGACCUGGAAACAAUAGGAGUGGAGAUUAAAUCAAUGAAGAGGACCAAGGAAGACGGAAUUUUCAUGUUUGUCGGCAAAGGGACCAAGGCAGCAGAAGAUGUUAAAAAGCUGAAACGAGAAGUUGAGAAUGUUCUCGGUGGUGAUGUGGUAGUGAAGGAGUCCAGCAGGCCGCCUCUCAUCGAGAUCCGCGGCAUUGGUCAAGAAGAAAAAGAAGAAGAUGUCGUCUCAGGAAUUUGCCGAUACGGGGCAAUUCCCGAAGAAGUUCACGUGACAAAAAUGGUACCCUCGUUCGGAGCAACGCAGAGGGCACUCGUCUCAGUCUCAGCCGAGAUAGCGGGCAAAAUCAUUGCCACUGGUCGAGUUUUAGUCGGACUGAUCUCGUGUGGAGUUCGUAUGAAAGGAAACCCAGUAAUAAGAUGCUACAGAUGCCAUGGCUACAAUCACAAGGCAUCCACAUGCAGAGGCCCCGACAGGAGGAAAUUGUGCAUGACGUGCGGUGGGGAAGACCACCUUGCGAAGCUGUGUCGGAGUGCACCCAAUUGUGUCCUAUGCAAGGAUAUAAAUCGACAGGCAGACCACUACCCAGGAAGCGGUAGAUGUGAGGCUUACAGGAAGGCAAGACUUAAAUAA